AUGGAAGAAGAGAGCCGAAUUGGGGACGAGCUCUCGAGUUCCGUUCUCACGGCGGAGCGCCUCCGUGUAGCGGUGGACGAGGCCGAAUCGUUCAAGACGGAGUGCGGCGAGGUUGGUAAGCAGGUGGAUCGGCUCGCUCAAAUGCUCAGGACGCUCGUCCGCCUCGUCGCCGGCUCUCAGCAGGUUUACGACCGGCCGAUUCGCCGAGUAAUCGUCGACGUCAAGAAGAAUCUCGAGCGGGGUUUCGCUCUCGUUCGCAAGUGUCGAAAGCACAACAUAAUCCGGCGAGUCUGCACCAUCAUCAACGCCGCCGAUUUUCGCAAGGUGAUCAACCUUCUCGAGUCCUCCAACGGCGACGUGAAAUGGAUACUUAGCGUGUUCGAUUCCGACGGCGACGGAAGCUUCGGAGGAGGAAUCGUAAUCUCUCUCCCCCCGAUCGCGACGAACGAUCCGAUCCUCCCGUGGGUGUGGUCGCUCGUCGCGUCGAUACAGAUGGGGAAAUUGCCGGACAAAAUCGACGCCGCGAAUCAGCUCGGCUCGCUCGCCGGAGACAACGAUCGGAACAAGAAGAUCAUCGUAGACGAAGGAGGCGUUUCUCCGCUGCUUAAGCUUCUCAAGGAAAGCUCAUCGUCGGAGGCGCAAAUCUCGGCGGCUACUGCGUUGGUUUAUCUCUCUUGCGACGAGGAUAAGGUUAGGUCUAUUGUGAAUGAGCUCGGUGUUCCGAUUAUAGUCCAGGUUCUCGCGGAUUCUCCGGUUAGGGUUCAGAUUAAGGUAGCUACAUUGGUGGCAAGAAUGGCGGAGCACGAUCCAAUCGCGCAAGACGAGUUCGCUAGACAGAGCGUGAUCAAGCCUCUCGUGACGCUCCUCUCUCUCGACGUCUUUGUGGAUGACAUUCAUUUGAGUAAGCACAAUAGCAUUCACUCUCUUGUUCAGAUGAACAAAGAGAUCGAGAAAGAUCCGUCCUUGAAACUUCACAGGCCGUUUAAGAGCUCAAAGUCGAAUGUGUAUAGUGACAUUAGUGGAAGUAGUAGAAUUGGGAAUUUCAAGAAGGAGAGGGAUAAUGAGAAUCCUGAAGUGAAACAUGAGCUUAAGGUGAAUUGUGGUGAAGCUCUGUGGAUGCUUGCGAGAGGGAAUGUGGCGAACAGUAGGAGGAUAACGGAGACGAAAGGGUUGCUUUCUCUGGCGAAGAUAGUGGAGAAAGAAGCCGGAGAGUUGCAGUACAAUUGUUUGAUGACGCUUAUGGAGAUAACCUCUGCUGCUGAGUCUAACGCUGACCUUAGACGAGCAGCUUUCAAGACGAAUUCACCAGCUGCUAAAGCUGUGAUUGACCAGAUGUUGUGGAUUAUUAAAGAAGUCGAUAGCAAUGUUCUGAAAAUCCCGGCGAUUCAGUCGAUAGGUUCGUUGGCUAGGACGUUCCCGGCGAGAGAGACGAGGAUGAUCGAGCCGUUGGUGGAGAAACUCGGUAGUGGUAAUCAAGACGUGGCGAUCGCUGCUGUGAUCUCGUUGCAGAAAUUUGUGUGCCCUGAUAAUUUCUUGUGCAAGGAGCAUUCCAAGAACAUAAUCGAGUACGGUGCGGUUCCGUUGCUGAUGAAGCUGAUAAGGAACUUCGAACAGCAAGUGCAGUUGCAGUGUCUUGUUCUGCUGUGUUACCUUUCGAUGAAUGCUAGUAAUCAUGAGCAGUUGGAGCAGGCUAAGGUUUUGACUGUGCUUGAAGGUGCGGAGCGUUUGGCGAGUCUGCAGAAUCUGGAGCUGAGAGAGCUUGUGUCGAAAGCGAUUUAUCAGCUGAGUCUGUAUAAUGCAGGAAGUCACAGUCAAAUGCUUUCGUAUGUUGGUCCUUAG